GCCCCGGCACGGAGCGGGGCUGGCAGCGCCCCAGUGCCGUUCCGCUCUGGAUCUCGGCAUGUCUGCGACAGAGGCGCCCGACACCCAGGACCCUGAAGGAGCUGGGACAUGCCCGGAGGAUGUCCCCUCCCUCAAGGAAAUCGAGCAGCUCCUGAACAGUGGGCGGCCCUCUUGCAACCACGUUGAUGAAGUAUGGCCUAAUCUCUUCUUAGGGGACCUAGUAACAGCGCACAAUAGAUUUAUUUUAUGGAAGAUGGGUGUGACCCAUGUUUUAAAUGCUGCCCAUGGCACAGCAUACAGCCACGGAGGCCAGGACUUUUAUGGAGCAACCAUUGAUUAUUAUGGUGUACCAGCCCAUGACCUGCCAAGCUUUGAUAUCAGCCAGUUCUUUUUCUCUGCUGCACAGUUUAUCCACAAUGCCUUGAACACGCCAGGAGCCAAAAUAUUGGUACAUUGUGCAGUUGGAGUAAGCAGAUCAGCUUCUCUAGUCCUAGCAUAUCUCAUGAUAAAUCACCACCUCCCAUUAGUUGAAGCCAUCAAGACAGUGAAGGAGCAUCGAUGGAUUUCACCCAAUCGUGGUUUUCUGAAGCACCUGCGAAACCUGGAUGUUCAGCUACGGCAAAGGAAAGACUGCUGAACAGGCAACCCCUAUCUACAUUCACUUUACUGAGUUUCACCCUUCAGAACCAUUGUAUAUAUACAAUUUCCCGUGAUCAGUGCACAUGACAAAAGUAAAGAAGAUUAUGUAUCGAAAUAAAAAGGCCAACAGAAUGGUAAAUGGAUUAAUUCUGAUAGCUCAGUCCCUCCAAAACCAGCACAGCCAACAGCAGCACUGUAACCACUCUGCGGGGUAGAACUGCUGUGCCUUGGGUGGUGUUACUGGAUGAAUCCACUGAAGUGGUUAAGAUAGACCAAGUUUGUCCCUGGUUUCUGCUCAUUCCAGAAGCAAGUUCAAUAUUUGCAUCUAGCUGUAAAGGAUGUUUGAAUCCCCUUUACUUGGGAGUGUAACAUAAUCCUCUUUCUCAGUUUGGUUACAGCUCUCACAUGCAUGUUCUCCGAAGAAAAACUUUCUGUUUCAGGCCUGAUGAUGUGAAAAGGGCAGUUUGUUGAGAGCCCAGGCACUCCUACAGAAACAUUUCUGUGGUCUGCUAAAUAUUAUGGUGUUAUAGAAAACUGUGAAAGCCACAAGACCCACACCACCAGAAUAAAUGU